AUGAUCGAUAACAUCUUGAUCUAUCUAUCUAUCUAUCUAUCUAUCUAUCUAUCUAUCUAUGUAUGUAUGUAUGUAUCUCAGCCUACACACAUCUAUCUAUCUAUCUAUCUAUCUAUCUAUCUAUCUAUCUAUCUAUCUAUCUCAGUCUGUUCAUAUCUAUCUAUCUAUCUAUCUAUCUAUCUAUCUAUCUAUCUAUCACAGUCUCUCCAUUAUCUAUCUAUCUAUCUAUCUAUCUAUCUAUCUAUCUAUCUAUCUAUGUUGUGCAUCGUCCUGACUGCUCUCAAUAUAUCUACGAAUGGUUGCUUAAAAGUUCUCCACUUAGGAAUCUAUCUAUCUAUCUAUCUAUCUAUCUAUCUCAGAUUUUUUCAGUCUGCCUGUCUGUCUUUUUCAUAUCUAUCUAUCUAUCUAUCUAUCUAUCUAUCUAUAUAUCUAUCUAUCUAUGUCCAAAUUUUUCUUUCUUUCUUUCCAUCCAUCCAUCUAUCCACCCAACCAUCUCUUGGUUUGUCUGUCUAUCUAUCUAUCUGUUUCAUAUCUAUCUAUUUCAGAAUUUUUCUGUCUGCCUGUCUUUUUCAUAUGUAUCUAUCUAUCUAUCUAUUUAUCUCCAAAUUUUUCUUUCUUUCUUUCUUUCUUUCUUUCUUUCUUUCCAUCCAUCCAUCCAUCCAUCCAUCCAUCCAUCCAUCCAUCCAUCCAUCUCUUGGUUUAUCUAUCUAUCUAUCUAUCUAUCUAUCCGUUUCAUAUCUAUCUAUUUCAGAAUUUUUCUGUCUUCCUGUCUGUCUUUUUCAUAUCUAUCUAUCUAUCUAUCUAUCUAUCUAUCUAUCUAUCUAUCUAUCUAUCUAUUGCAUUAUAUUCGUCCCUCGUAAUCAGCCGACCAUACGUCUCAUUCCCACGGAGGCGUUUCUUUGA